AUGAUUUCCGUCACACCAAGGCUAAUUGAUACAGUGAGAGGAUAUUUCGUUGCACGACGUGAUGGAAAAGCUGAAAAGUAUUAUGCUGAUCGUGUUGAUAUCAUUAAAGCCGGGCUUAUUUCUGAUGAUGUUAAUGAAAUCUCUGAAUCUGUAAGAGAAGUCAUAUUUUUCGAUUUAAUUGGAUAUGACACAUCAUUUUCAGAGUUUGGAAUUCUGGAAUUAAUGUCUCACAACGAUUUCUCAGCAAAACUUGUUGGAUACACAGCAUCAACGCAAAUAUGGAAGGCCGAUUCACCAGUAGUGUUGAUGGCAACAAACAGAAUUCAACGUGAUCUUACUUCAACUAGUUUUCAUUACGCAGAUUUCGCAUUAUCAUCAUUCUCUCGUUAUUUAUCGCCAUCACUAGCCAAAAAUCUUGCUCCUGAAGUCAUUGCUCUUAUGUCUUCUACAAAAACAUUCGUUAGACAAAAAGCAAUCAUUACUUUUUACCAUGUCUGCUUAAAAUACCCAGAAGCACUUAAAGUUGGCUUCUCAAUACUUCGUUCUUGCUUGAGUGAUGACAAUAAAUCAAUAGUUUUUACAACUCUCACGGUAAUGAACGAAAUUUGUUCACAUAACGCUUCAAUAUUCAUCAAUCUCAUACCAAAGUUUUACAAAAUGAUUACAAGUGUUACAAGCAAUUGGAUUUUACUACGAUUAAUCUCUUUACUCAAAAAAAUCGCAUUAUCAGAGCCAAGACUUCCGAAAAAGCUUGCAGGACCAUUCCAAACUGUCAUAGAGACAACAUCAUCCGUAUCUGUCGUGUUUGAAUGCGUUCGCGCCAUGUUAGAAAUUCCAAUUCCAGAUAAUAAGCUUUUUACGAUUGCCGUUCAGAAGAUUGAGCAGUAUCUGACCCAUCCAGAGCCAAAUCUCCGCUUUUUAUGCAUGCAAAUCUUUGUUGAACUGAUAAAAGUCGAACCAAACUUAGUUGCCGGCCAUAAAGACCUUAUUUCGGGUUCACUUGACUCACCAGAUGAAGCGACGAAGCUUUUGGCCCUUGAUCUUCUCGUUGCCCUUGCAAAUGAAGAAAAUAUCGACAGUAUUGUCGGUAAAUUCUUCAUCCAGUUCAAGAAAUCCACAUCUCUUCAGUUCAGAAACCUUAUUCUCACUAAGACGAUCAAGCUCUGUGCCUCAGAAAACUACAAUCUCAUUACAGAUUUCGAUUGGUACAUAAACGUCUUAUUUGACUUCGUAGAAGAGGGUGAAUUUACAUGUUAUGACAUUCUCGCGACCCAAUUCCUUGAUCUUGCCCGCAGAGUUCCUUCAACUCGAGAUCAUCUCGUUGAAUCCUGCACAACGAUCUUCAGCAAGCCCAAUUUCAGAGAUGCGACCGAACUGUUAUUGGCUUCCUCGCACAUUGUUGCUGAAUAUUCCAAGAAUUCGCUUCCAAUCAAAAAAGUUUUACAACCUGUCAUUGCAAACUGCACAGAAAGAGUACAGGCAAGCUGCGUUGACACAGCAUUCAGGCUGUACCUCAGAGCUUCUGACGAAGAAGAGUUUUCUGCAAUGGAAACACUAUUUGAUUUAAGGUUGCCACUUUUUUGUUCAUCCACUUUUCCAGAAGUUUACGGGCGUGCAUAUUCUGUUCAAAAGAUAAUUAAUAUAUUGAGAAAAGAUCACCAAUCAUAUACAUUCCGAAAUAUCCAGAAAUCUCUUGCAACUGAAGAAGAUGCGAUUAUGAAAGAAGAUCUUAAGAAACCGGAAGGUUUUGAUGAUCCUAUUCCUCUGUUUGAGGAAGACAAAGAAGAAAUAGAACGCGAGAAGGCUGCAGAAGUCGCAAGAAUCACUCAAGAAGAAAUGAUUUCAGAUGAUGAGAAAAUUUAUGGCUUGAAGAAGUCAAGAAGGAGAAAACAGGAUACAACAAAAGAGAAGGUUGUAAUAUUGGACGCUGAUUCUUUGUUUGCAGAGAAAGAUAAAAAUUCAACGACUAAUAAGGUCAAUAAGUUCCUUGAAUCAGGUUUGGCAUCAGUAAAAAUCGAUGAUGAUGAAGAUGAUACACCAAAACAACCUCAAAUCGAAAAGAAAGAAGAAAUUCCUCAGAAAAUUGAAAAAGAAGAAGAGAAACCAAUGCCAAAACUCAGAUCAAGAAAACCUGGAAACAAAUUAGCAGAGGCCUUAGCUUCUUCUGCUACAGAAACUGAUAAAGAAGUUCAUGUUCUCGAAAGUACUGAAUCUACCCUGAAAAAGAGAAGAAGACAUCACCAUCAUAACAAUGAUGAAAAGAAAGAAAUUAAAGAAGAAGGAACUUCUGAAAAUACAAAUGACGGAAAUAAUAUUUAA